UGGUCAUUCUACUAAUGCCUGCUGAGUUGAAAGGACCAGCACAGAGCCGGGCACCGUGUGCAACAGCGACGCUACCAAAUCUUGAGAGCGCGAGUGUUGCAAACCCUUUUGCAACAGCUCUUUCUUUCCGGCAGUGCUGUGCGAUUUGUGAAAGUGGUCUAUGCAGCACUCUGCUCCGCUGUCUUGCAGCAUGCUAGAUCCUGAGGGCAGUGUGGAGCACAGGGCUUCCUCCUCCUUCUCCAGAGUUUUUCUCCUCUCUCUAGCCAUGCUCCUCGCUGUAGCAGCGCUGCUUUUCUUAGCAUUCGCCGCCUCGCAGCAGAAGGAGAACGAUUUUUAUACGUUUAAAGUGGUAAACAUCAGGGGCAAGCUAGUCUCUCUGGAGAAAUACAGAGGCUCGGUAUCUCUUGUCGUCAAUGUUGCAAGUGAGUGCGGAUUUACAGAUAGCCACUACAAAGCUCUACAACAGUUACAGAGAGACCUUGGCUCACAUCAUUUUAAUGUGCUGGCAUUCCCAUGUAAUCAAUUUGGGCAGCAAGAGCCAGACAGUAACAAAGAAAUUGAGAGCUUUGCCCGAAAGACUUAUGGUGCCUCCUUUCCUAUGUUCAGCAAAAUUGCAGUCACAGGUGCUGGUGCUAAUGCUGCCUUCAAAUAUUUAAUUGAAUCCACAGGAGAAGAACCAACCUGGAACUUCUGGAAGUACCUGGUAGCCCCUAAUGGGAAAGUAGUAAAGGCUUGGGACUCAACUGUCACUAUUGAAGAAAUAAAACCUUACAUCACUGAACUUUUGAGGAAAAUCAUCCUGAAACAGAAAGAUGAACUGUGACUUUCAAAAGUCCCAUCAUAUCUAUUAUACCUUGAUUGAUAAUUAGGACUGCAAUUUGACUGUUCACAUUCCAAAAGAGGAAAUAGAGGGACAGAAAAUCAUUAUGACUAAUUGAAGUUUUUCCAAUCAUCCUAAGAAUACAGGAAACAAUAACUGAAUGUGGUAAAAGGUGAUUUAACUUAGGCUUGUGCUAUCAUUCUAAAGUGAUUGAAUUGAAUUUGUGCCUUCUUGGAAAGAAAAUCAUUUGUUUAUCUUACUAUCUGAAAUCAUCAAUUGUUGAUGAUAUUAUGAAGAGCCAGUUAGGAUUUUUUUGGCAGCCAGGCUCAGUUCAGCUAGAAUUUCCUUAGAGAGACCUUACUAGCAAUUGCAAUUCAUUUGUCAUGAUUUUGACCAUGAAUUUCAUUUAAAAAUGCAACCCAAAGUAGAAGAGUGCACUUGGCGUAGUGUGGACACAGUUAUAAGGGGCAGGCAAAAAUAGGUUUCCUCAAACCAGACACACUUAUAAUGAUAUGUGUCUGCUUAGUUAUAAAGGACAGACACUUCACUUUCUCUCUAUUUGUGUUAUGGGUAACUGGGGGAGAAGGGCAUGGGGAGGUAU